AUGUCUUCCCAACGUCGCCUGCAGCAGCUUCUCACCAACGAAGAGCUCGGCGACCAGAAGCCAACCCAGCUUGACGCAGCUAAGAAAAGGGCUCUGUUGUUCACGUUUUGCGGCGAACAGACCUACGACAAGGUGCGAGACUUGCUGCAUCCGCUCACACCGGCGCAAGUUCCGUAUGACGACAUAAUCGAACGUCUGAGCAGCCAUUUUGAAACAGGUCCUUCUGAACUUCUAGGGCGCUGGCGUUUUCACAAAAGGGAUCAACUUCCUCAAGAGACAAUCUCUGAAUAUGUCGACGCUUUGAGAGCUCUAGCUAAAGACUGCAAUUUCGGUAAUGUUGCCGUUCCAUUACCGCUACCACUUGCACCAACCACACGAUCGCCUCCCACGGCGCACGGUGAUUCCCCAGCGACCCAAACUGCAACCAUGGCUUCAGCGAUCGCUUCACCGUCACAAGCAACGGUCUCACAGGCUCCGACGACCGCUGUUCCGGCUUCGGCGAAAACAAUUUUACCCUUGGAAGUGAUGCUACGAGACAGAUUCAUCUGUGGUCCGAGGGACGUGCACCUGCAGCAGCGUCUACUCUCCGAAAGGAAUAUCACAUUCCAAAUGGCGGGCGACACUGCGAAAGCCAUGGAAUCCACGGUUUCACAACAGGCAAGCAUGCGCAGCAGGGAAGAAAACAAAGUACUUCAAACUUCAGCAACCAGAAGCCCAAAGAAGAAUAAGCUCCCUAAGCCGUCCAAAAAGUGCUACCGUUGUGACGGUGCGCACAACCAGAAAAGCUGCCCUCACCGAAAUUCCACAUGCCAGUUCUACAAGAAACUGGGGCAUAUUGAAAAAGCAUGCAUAACGAAGAAAAAGAAGCAGGCUUCCGGCACGCGCUCAUCUGGACGUCAACAAGCGAAUAGUCUAACUGCCGACGAAGCAGAUUCGUGGAACAGCUUAUUCACGGUCAACUCCAUGAGCCAAUCGACUGAGAGCUUAACCGUAUGGGUUACGGUAAACGAACGCCCUUGCUGCUUCGAAGUCGAUUCCGGUGCAUCAUUUUCAAUAAUGAGUGAGAACACCUUCAACCAGCAAUGGGACAGCAACAGACCACGUCUACUGAAAGCAGCAUUGAAAUUGAGGACGUGGACCGGCACACCGCUUCAAGUCCAGGGCAAAGCACGAGUCACCGUUCAGCUACACAGGAAGCAAGCAAAACUCGAUCUGUACAUCGUCGCGGGAACUGGAACAAGCCUCCUAGGGCGAGACUGGUUUGAGCCACUGGGAAUUUCACUGUCUGGCAUUCACCGAGUCAUGGAGUCACAGUGCCAACCACUACUCGAUCAGUUCAGCACCCUUUUUAAUGGCAAGAUUUCAGGCCAUGUAGGCGACCCUAUACACAUCGAGCUGCAGCCACACGCAGUCCCUAGGUUCUUGAAGUCCCGCACAGUGCCACUGGCAUUGAGGACAGCAGUCGACAAAGCGUUAGACAAGUUAAAAGUGCAAGGCAUUCUGAAACCCGUCUCUUCUUCGACAUGGGCUACGCCGCUAGUAACAGUACGGAAGCAGAACGGCACCUUACGUCUAUGCGGAGACUACCGUAGCACGGUGAACCAAGCGGUAGCGAAGGCAGCGUAUCCGCUUCCCACAGUAGAUGAUAUGCUGGCUCUAGUUCAAGGAGGCAGUAUCUUUUCCAAGAUCGACCUUCAGCAAGCGUAUCAGCAGUUACGAGUGGACGACGCAUCCUCCGAGCUACUCACGGUGAACACGCCACGUGGCCUAUUUCGUGUCACAUGCUUACCUUUUGGUGUAUCUAUCUCGCCUCUGGUAUUCCAGAAAUACAUUGACAGCCUUCUGGCAGGGUUAGAAGGUGUCGGGGCGUACCUCGACGACAUUCUCAUUUCUGGCAGUACCCUCGACGAGCAUAACAAGCGUCUGCGCUCUGUGCUUAAGCGCUUGACUGAUGCAGGGCUCAAGGUUCGUCUGGAGAAAUGCCUUUUCGGCGUACAAGAACUUGAGUACCUUGGGUAUCAUAUCAGCGCAGCUGGCAUCAGACCCACACAAGUCAAGGUCAAAGCUAUCCUUCAGGCACCCAACCCAAGGAACAAGAAAGAGCUGCAGUCCUUCUUAGGAUUGCUGAGCUUUUACAACCGUUUUCUAAAGGACCGAGCGUCGGUUGCAGAACCCUUGUAUCGGUUGCUACACAAGGACACACCAUGGUUUUGGGGAUCCCAAGAACAAGACGCUAUCGACAAGCUCAAGCAGUUGCUAGCUGCAGCACCAGUAUUGGCACAUUUCGACGUUAACCGGCCCGUUUUGCUGGCAUGUGAUGCCUCACCAUACGGCAUAGGCGCAGUCCUUUCGCAACGGACACAGAACCACUUGGAUGUUCCAGUGGCGUUCGCCUCACGGACACUCAGCAAAGCGGAGCAGAACUACGCGCAGCUAGACAAGGAAGGCUUAGUGGUGGUAUUUGGUAUGAAGCACUUUCAUCACUUCGUGGCUGGUAGGCAUAUAACCGUGGUCACAGAUCACAAACCGCUACUUGGUAUCUUCAGUCAAGAAAAACAGAUACCAGCAGUACUAUCGCCUCGGAUGCUGCGCUGGUGUCUCUUGUUAAGCGCUUACGAUUAUACACUGAUAUAUCGUCCGGCUCAUCGGCAUCAGAACGCAGACGCGUUGGUCCGUCUUCCGCGUCUUGCGUGA